UGCUAGAUUUACAUAGAGUACCUGAACAAAAAUAAAGAGUUGGCAAGAUUUUCUAAAGGAAAAAAUGUUUAAAUGGUUAGGGAUAGAGACUAGCGAGGAGAAGACUGAAAAGGAACCUGAUCCGUCGAAAAACGUUACUGAAUCAAAGGAUGAUGAAAAAAGGCAAGGUUUAAAAGCUGAUGCAAUUUCCGAUUCAACCACAGCUUCGCCAGAAUCCGGGCCUAAAAGUAAUGCAGCAGACAAUCUUUCAGGGACGACAGGCAUAUCAGGAGCGCUAGGUCUACUGAGUAAUCUUGCCAAUGUUGCAACUAAAACAGCCCAUAGGUUGAAGGAGAGUGUUGAUGUAAAAAUUGAUCAGACUAUUAUUGGGGAUUUUCAAAGGGAAAAUGAAAAAUUUAUCAAAGAAAAGCAUUCAAAGAGAAUAGAGGAUCCUGUUCCACCAUGGGUUGGCUACAAUGAGGAGAAGGAAAUGAAAACACAGAUUCUUGCACUCUCAUCAGAUGAAAGGAAUUUCAUGAGAGAUCCUCCAAGUGGUGUGGACUUUCAUUUUGAUUUAGAGGUUGUAAUGCCAGUUGCACUGAAAAUUCUUGAACAAGACCAAGAACUGCAAAAUAUGAGAUUUAGUCUUGUUCCCAAAAAAAUAAAAGAGGAGAAAUUUUGGCAUAAUUACUUUUACAGAGUUUCCUUGAUAAAGCAGUCAUCCCAGCUGUCUACUUUGGCUCAAAGUGAAACGAAGAGAAACACCAACAGUCAAGAAAGCAAACGAAAUUCAAUGACAGAUUCAGAAAAAAGUGAAGCGACGACAGAAGGACACCUUGGAUCAAACAAUGGCAGGGAUGGAAAAGAAAAAGUAACCACAAAUGAGACAUUGAUGUCUAAAGGCAGCGGUGAGACAACAAAAGAUGCAAAAGGCCCAGAGACAGCAGAUUGGGAGAAGGAGCUGCAAGACGAACUGCAGGAUUUUGAAUUUGUUAGCGAAGAUCAGGGCGAUUCUCAAGAGCCAAACCCAGAGUGGGAAAAAGAAAUCGAAGAUAUGCUUGGAUUGGAUGAUGAUGAAACUGACCAGACGACAACGUAGUAAUAAUUGUAGCGUUUCGAAAAGUAAAAUGAAUUAUUGUAUUACUGAGAAAAUUUCUAAUGUAUUUUGUUCGUAAACGCAUGUAUACUUGCAUUUUAGGGCUACUUACUUUAAUGGACCCUCAUUUAAUUGUAAAAACUGGUGACCUCAUGACUGCCUGAAUGCUUUGUCAGUGUUCAUAAUUUUGUGUCUAAAUCCAAAUAAUACUUAUGGUUUUCUGAAAAAACGUAAGUACUUCAUAUUCGUAAAAGCCAUACAAAAACCGAUAUGUUGGUCCUUGUAAAUAUUUUUCAAUUGAAUCCUUUAUUUUCACUGACCUGGUAUUAAUCAUCUUCAGUUUUACGGUAUCAUAAUGCAGUCAACUACUUUUCCCGGUGCAGAAUAUGAACUAUAAAACUGUUUGUUAAA